AUGAAAAAGAAAUUAAAAGAAAACAAAAAUAAAAAGGCAAAACGCUUUCUGCAAAAGAUAGCAGCAGCAGCAGCAGCAGCAGCAGCAGCAGAUGCGGCAGCGGAUAGGAAAAAGCAGCAGCAGCAGCAGCAGCAGCAGCAGCAGAGGACUGGAAGAGGCAGCAGCAGAGGCAGACCAGCAAACCACACACAGCAGAGGCGGAACAAAAAGCAGCAGCAGCAGCAGCAACAGCAGCAGCAGCAGCAGCAGCAGCAGCAGCAGCGUCUGACUGCAGCAAGAACAGCAAAGUCGGCAGCAUUUUCGACGAGGACGAAGAUGUAUUCUUCCCAAGAAAGCAGCUGCUCGUAA